GAUAUAUUUGUAUCCAUUUCUACAUUUGGAUAUUGUUUUUCUUUCACUUCAUUCUUUUUCCACCGGUGACUCACAUUGUUCCUUCUCUCCGGUAACAAAACCAAAUCGGAGAAACAAGAUAUGGGUGUUGAUUACUAUAAAGUCCUUCAGGUAGAUCGUAAUGCCAAAGAGGAUGAUCUCAAGAAAGCUUAUCGCAAACUUGCUAUGAAAUGGCAUCCUGAUAAGAACCCUAACAACAAAAAAGAUGCCGAGGCCAAAUUCAAGCAAAUCUCAGAAGCUUAUGAUGUUUUGAGUGAUCCACAAAAGAGAGCUGUGUAUGAUCAGUAUGGUGAGGAGGGAUUGAAGGGGCAGAUGCCUCCUCCUGGUGCAGGUGGAUUUUCAGAAGCCAGCGAUGGUGGACCGACGACGUUCCGGUUCAAUCCGAGAAGUCCUGAUGACAUAUUUUCAGAGUUCUUCGGGUUUGCAAAACCGUUUGGCGGAAUGGGUGAUAUGGGUGGUAUGGGUGGUCAUCCUGGUACUUCCGGCUUUCCGAGGGGUAUGUUUAGGGAUGACAUUUUCUCUUCUUUAAGGCAUGCAACAACUGGUGAAGGAUCUGGCAAUGUGCCGAGAAAAAGUGCACCGAUAGAGAGAACAUUGCCUUGCGGUUUGGAGGAUUUGUAUAAAGGAACCACGAAAAAAAUGAAGAUUUCUAGGGAUGUUUCUGAUUCUAGUGGGAGGCCUACUACGGUAGAGGAAAUUCUAACCAUUGAGAUCAAGCCAGGUUGGAAGAAAGGAACAAAAAUAACUUUUCCCGAAAAGGGAAAUGAACAAAAAGGACUUAUUCCCGCAGACCUUGUUUUUAUCAUUGACGAGAAGCCUCAUAGUGUCUUCAAGAGGGAUGGCAACGAUCUUGUUGUCACUCAGAAGAUCACUCUUGUAGAAGCUCUGACAGGUUACACAGCGCAAAUAUCAACCCUCGACGGAAGGAAUCUUACGGUCCCCGUCAACACCAUUAUCAGUCCAUCGUACGAAGAAGUUGUUAAAGGAGAGGGUAUGCCGAUUCCUAAAGAACCUUCCAAAAAGGGAAACUUGAGAAUCAAGUUCAACGUAAAGUUUCCGUCUAGACUUACAUCAGAACAGAAGACCGGCAUCAAGCGAUUAUUGACAUAAACAUCUUCGAAAACAUCGGUAGUGGUGGUACCUAUACCUACCAUAUACGAAAAUGUGUUAGAUUUGGAAUUUAAUUUUAUUUGCGGUUUUCAAUCAAUUGGAAAUUCGUGGUUUUGUGAACUAGUUUUCAACUGGGAACAGAGUUAUUAGAAGUUUGUUAUUUGUCUGUUGUUUCAUAGUUUCUGAUCUUCUGAGUGAAUAAUUCUCUUAAUCACUGGCCUACUUGUUUCUGUGAAAAGUUUUGCUGGAAUUCUAUUUCUGAAUUUGCUUA